UAACGCCUCAACCUUUGUUAAAAGACUUCACCGCUCAAGUGGCGGGCUCAUCGAUUCUAUGCUGGGUAGUGAGGUCUUAACGUGCACUGCUUUUUCUGCUUAGAUCGUUGCAGAUUCCCGUUAAUUUGCGCCAUGGGUCUUCUUGACCAGCUGUGGGACGAAACCGUUGCGGGGCCUCGACCGGAUAACGGCCUCGGCAAGCUGCGGAAGCAUUCCACCUUCAACUUUCGGUCAUCCUCCGGCAAGGAAUCCGAUGGUCGAAACGCGAGAUCGUACGGUGAGGAUGCAUCAGAGGAGGUGACGAGAGUUACGCGCAGUAUCAUGAUAGUAAAACCGCCUGGGUACCAGAACGGUUCUCCACCGGUUUCACCCGCCGGCUCUACUCCUCCGGUAUCCCCCUUUUCUGGAGGCAAAGAGUCCUUUCGGUUUCGAAGAAGAUCAAUAUCGGAUGCAUACGAGAAGGCAAGCGAGGUUGGACCCAGGAGUCCUCCUCGUCCUUACGACGUGUGAAAGAUGAGACGACGACUCUUAGACCGUUAUCCGGCUUAUGUAAUAUUUUAUGGGUAGCAAAGGCCAAGACAUUUGGAUAUAUGGUACCGAAGCUUGUAUGGUAUGCACAAGUGUUAUUGUUAUUGUGUUGUAGCGGUGUUUCGGAUCUUAAGCCUUUAGUGAUGGUGCGUGGGAUGGGUUGUAAUGAGAUCGUGUGGUAAUGUAGUUUUUGAUGUGUAUAUAGCUUUCAUUAAUUCUAGUUCAUGGUUUGUGUGGUUUUCGCU